AUGCACUCCCUAAACCUCCUCCUCGCCCUCCUCCUCAUCUCCCUCGCCAUCGCCAACCCUCUCACCUCCCGCGCCCACCUCAUCCACUGCACCAGCCAGCAACAAUCCGCCAUCGAAUCCGCCCUGAUCCAAUCUUCGCGGAUGGCCCAAGCCGGCGCCUCAGCCAUCCGCUCCGGCAGCUCCUACUCCAACCACCUUUUCCAAACCUUCUUCAAAACCACCGAUCAGUCCACCAAGUCCCACGUCGCCAACAUCCUCGACCAGAUCGCCCAGGAAGGCCAAGCCCGCGGCGCCGGCCGCGUCACGUACUCCUGCACCCCCGACGGCAUUCCCUGCUCUGAUUCGGCUGCUUUCACGGUCACGGCGUACGGGGAGACGGAUGGGUAUAAUGGCGAUAUUCGUACCUGUCCGGCGUAUUUCAAUAUUCCGAGUUUCUCGAAUCAGUGUGAUGCGUUGGAUCAGGCUACUUCUACUACGCAUGAGAUGGCGCAUACUAAGGGCAUCUUUGGGAUUGAGACGUAUGGGUAUUAUGCCGUGCAGGGGCUGGAUGAGCAGUCUGCUUUGAUUAAUGCGGAGAGUUAUGCGUUUUUUUCGAAGGCGGCGUUGUUGAACUGCCAGGUUUAA